CCCCCUAUUUCUCAUCAAAACUACGGGCUCUUUCCCUCUGCUCCUGUUUCAUAUUUCACUACACAGCACGUGUGUGCAGCACGCGUACACACACAGAAAUCAAGCCCCGCAGCAGCAGCAGCCAUGGCAGCCAUGAACUCCAGCGUGCUGGCGUGCAGCUAUGCCCUCGCGGGCAGCAGCCCAUCGGACGCUGCCAACUGGAAGGUCGUCUCCAUGCAGCCUGUUGCAGCUGGCGCCAAGCAGAUCUCUCCAUGCAUCAGGGCACAGCAGGGAAAGGUCCAGAGCGAGGAGGGUGAGAAGCAGGGCAGGAGGGCUGCCAUGCUCUGCCUGGCCGCAGCACUCUUCACCACUGCUGCCGUCUCCUCCUCAUCUGCUAACGCUGGCGUCAUCGAGGACUACCUUGAGAAGAGCAAGACCAACAAGGAACUGAAUGAUAAGAAGCGUCUGGCAACCAGCAACGCUAACUUUGCGCGCGCAUACACAGUCGAAUUCGGAACAUGCAAGUUCCCGGAGAACUUCACUGGAUGCCAGGACUUGGCGAAGAAAGGGAAAGUCAAGUUCUUGAGCGAUGACAUAGAAUUGGAAUGUGAAGGCAAAGACAAGUACAAGUGUGGUUCGAAUGUCUUCUGGAAAUGGUGAAGAAGAUUGCCAUCUUCCAUGGUCGCUCUGUAUUUUCUACUCUUGUGAAUGGCUUUUGCUGUAUUACAUAAUUUAUUUGGCCAGUUUUUCUUGCAAAAUGAGUACUGCAGAAUACCUUUUCGUGGGUACCAUUUAUCCAUAUCCAUAUAAAUUAGCUCGC